GGACAGGCAUCCACCUCUGUUCCCCUUCUACCGCUGAAUCUAUCUGCUACUGCACGAGAAUCAAUUGCGCCAUCCCUGAUUGCUCCUGGUUUGCUGUCCUAUUUCUCAAAAUGUUGGUCUCCUUGACAGUAGGCAAGGUAGACGCAGGAGUCGCUGUGCUCUUGACGCAGGACAACCGACUCAUCGAAUUCCCCUCCGUCCUUCUCCCGAACAACAUCACAUCCGGCAGCAUUGUCGAUAUUACAGUAUCGCGCAACCACGCCGCCGAAGCUGCGAGCACUUCUGCCUUCCAGGCGCUACAGAAGCGGAUUCUCAACACCUACGGCGUGAAGACCCCCGCCCCGCCCGUCCUCCGGCUCCGUAACGCAACACAAACCUCCCUAGUCCUAGAGUGGGAUCCAAUCGACCUGGCCACCGCGUCCCUCAAGUCGCUUUCUCUCUACCGUAAUGGCUCGAAAGCUGGCUCGAUACCCAGGCCACUCGAGACGCGGAGCACCAAGAUUAGCGGCCUCGCGAUCGACACGGAAUAUUCCUUCCACCUCGUCCUGCGCACAACAGCCGGCACAUACCAAUCGGAGAAACUGACAUGUCGGACACACAAGAUGACCGACCUGUCCGGUAUCACGGUUACCCCUGGCAUCCUCCCCGAACAGCAGAAGGAGGCGCUCGCCGCGGCAUUGGAACGUAUCGGUGGCAAGAUGAUCGACACAGUGCGCAUUGAUACCACUCACUUUGUAUGCACAGAAGGCAGAGGCCCGCUGUGGGAGAAAGCGGUGGAGAUGAACAUUCCCGUUGUGGUUCCGGAGUGGGUGGAUGCCUGUGAAGCGGAAGGCACCAUCGUUGGAGUCCGGGGCUACUACCUGAACGCAGACCCCAAGGCCAGACAGCUUGGCCCCAUUCACGCCUCAACACAUCAACAUACCAGAUCCUCCGUGUCAAUGGCAACCAAUGCGCCAUCUCAGUCUCAGUCUCAAUCUCAGCCCCAGUCCCAGUCCCAGAGACAUGCCGCCGCCCCCUCCCCGAAGGAUGAUGCUGCAGAGGCUGCACCCACAGUGAACGGCAAGCCCGAGUCGACAAGCCCGGAGGAGGUUGCCUCUCCCGGAGACAAGGAGGAACAGAGUGAAAGUGACGAGAAACGCGACGAAGAGGAUGAAGAUGAAACCGCACACGAACAGGUUGAAGAAGAGCAGGAACAGGAAGAACCAACGACAAACGACAGUGACGUCAAGGGUAAGGGGAAGGAAGGCGAGGGGGACUUUAGCGAGAUUUCUCUGUGA